AUGCCCCCAAGACAUUCCCGUUCACGCAAGCAGGUUGACACCUCAGACCCGUCAUACACUGUACAGUUAUAUGCUAUCUUCCAUACCCCUAUCACUAGUUUAUCCCAGCCCACACCCGCCUUUAACGUACGCGAGUUUAGGUACUCCAGUACCGGUCUGGAGUCAUAUGAUUCAGCCUCAUCCGUACAGACUAGCAUCGUGCACCCUGUUCUCAAAAUUGCAUUGAAAAUUAUAUGCAAUAUCAUUUAUGCACAGAUUGAGACUACGAAAGCUGGCAAAGCCGAGCUUUUUCUUUUGUGGUGCAUGAUCACUGGGUCAUACCAUCCACAUUUUGGUGAUCUUAUCAUUAGACGGUUCCAUAGAGUUAUAGCUCUCUGCACUAGCGGUGCAAUUCGCUGUGGUGGUUUGAUUUCUGUCAUUACCCACUCCCUCGUGCCGCAAUCUCCUCCAAAGUACACCUUCUUUACAGGUGAUUAUUUUUGUCUGACCCUGCAGAACUUUCGGGCCAUGCACAUGCUUCGUAAUGCCCCUAGUGGGUUUGUUUGGAUGCGGGGUCGCUCCACGUAUUUCAAGGUCACUAGACCUGAUGCCAUCGCUCUCCCUGGCCCUAUUAGCGAGACUGUGUGGGUGCUUCCUUCGAAUAUCCCACCACCUCCUUGCCUACGUAGGGCACAACAGGCCCAACGCCCACAGUCUGAUCGACCAUCUUCAUCCACUCAACACCUAGAUUACACAGACGCCACACCCAUAUCCUUUAGCCCGCUUGAUCCUAUGCAGACUGACUUUCACGAUCAGCCCCCACCCACCCAGCCAUCUCACCUUCACCCCGACUCUCCCUUCACCUACCAGCAUUAUCUUGACCUCCGUCAGGAUAUUGCAUCCCUUCAGCAGACGAUGACUGGUCUUCGCCUUGAUUAUCAGCAAUAUAGCACUCAGGUGACCGAUUAUCGUGACGAACUCUUAGGUCUGCGCGACCAUUUCACUGACUUCCGCGACGAUUUCUUCCGUUGCUAUGCACCCCCGUCAGAGUAG